UUUUUUUAUAUGAAGUUGAUAUACGAGUUUCUUGACAAAUGUUUGCGGCCAGUAUAAAGAUGUAAAGCUGUUAACCAUAGCCCGGUUAUAGUUUUCUAAAUGAGUAAAAUUAUAUAACACUAUAAAAAGUUCUCGCAUUCGGCUUGUUAGCAAAAUUAAUUUUUACUUUUACUAACUUGUUAAAAAUGUAUACUUUUAAUAAUGGUUACCAAAUUAUUUAGUAUAUUGAAGGGACCAAUAUUUUUCUUGGAAUUAAACCAUUUAAAUCUAAGCCCGCUAAAGAUCCAAACGUCAUUGACAGCUAUUGAAGAAAAAAAACUUAGUGCAUUGUUUGCUUUGAGAAUGGCUUGCUUGUAAAAAAUAUAUUUUAUUUCGCAUAAAUAUGGACUGGAUUCAUUGUAAUAAUUGUUUUAUUCAAUUAGAACCUGGAAUAACUCUGCAUUUAACAUCAUGUGGGCAUAUGUUUUGCAACAAUUGUUUGGACAAUGGCGUAAAGGAGGGUACUUGUUUAGUUUGUAGAGUGCCGUGUUCAAUGAUGAAGCUCGUUCCGGAUAUGAACCAAGAUAUUCAAGAUUAUUUUACAGAUCCGGAGGAAAUAAUAAAAAAAUGCAGUGAAGUUUUGCAAUUUCAAAAGCAGCACAGACGUAGACUCCUAUCAUAUUUGCUGCAAUCGACGAAGAAAUUCUAUACAGCAAGAAGCGAAUUGAAACGUAUGACAGAACUAUGUCAGAAACAACACAAGCAACUGAAGGAAUACCAGAAGAUUGUGAAAAACCUCGAGGCACAGCUCGGACAAUCGAAACAGCCGUCUCCAUUCAACGUACCGAUAUCCCCAGGCAGUCAUUUGUCUCCAAGUUUCAUUCAAACGACACCCACAUACAAAAGAGCGGCGAAAAGCACUCCGUAUAAUCUGCCUUAUCAGUCUAACCUCGUGACCCCAUCCCGGAUAAGCAAACAGCGGUCCAACUUCGCCCCGAGUCAGAGAUCUAACACCUGCAAUGGCAUAACAUCAACAGUGUGCACUCCGCCCACUCCGGAGUCCGGGUGUCUUAUAAGUCAAUACAGCGUCGAGUCUGGUUAUUCGUCCAGCGAUCCUUGGACAAAGAAGUCUCCUAGUGUGGCUUAUUGCAACGGCUUGACAAAAAAAUGCUCUUUUAAGAAGAGAUAA